GACAGUAGCUCUGGGAUCUCAGCACAGUCACCGGCUGUGUGUUCACUUUUAUUUAAAAUUAAAGUCUGUUUUUAUUUUAUUUUGGAGCGGGUACCGCUCCCAUAAACCAAGGCAUGGAUCAGUGCUGGUACCAUGGAACCAUCACCCGUUCAAGAGCUGAAGAUUUGCUUUCUAAAAUAGGGAAGGACGGCAGUUUCCUUGUGCGGGCCAGUGAAUCUAUCCAGUCUGCAUAUGCCCUCUGUUUGCUGUAUCGAAACUGUGUAUACACUUACAGGAUUCUACCUAAUAAGGAAAAUAAGCUGGUUAUCCAGGCCUCUGAGGGUGUUCCAGUACAGUAUUUCAACAGUCUGGAUGAACUGAUAGAAUUUUACAAAAAAGAUAAUAUGGGGCUGGUGCGGAGCCUUAAAUUCCCAGUCCAACGUGAGGAGGAGGAAACGACAGAUGAACUGGAAGAGGAUCUGGAUCAUAUUAUGUCUGCACCACCUAUAUUACCUCCACGUAGUAUUUCAGUGCCUCCUCUGGUAAGUGAGGCAAAAGAAGAGCUUUCCCCAAAUGAAAAUAAAUCGGCGAUGGAAGUGAACAAACCAUCACUUUCUGAGAUACUGAUCCAGCGCUUACAGCUCCAAGAUACCAGCAGUAUUCCAGAGGAGCACCUCAAACUCAUCCAGGAUUAUUUGAGAGUUCAUAUUACCAGUGAUCUUGAAACAGUACAGCUAGGCUCUUGGAACCUCCCUCAGCUGAAAAAACUGCUUGCAGGUCUCUGCAAAGGACUCUUCAGUGAAGUGUUACGGACUCUUCCUUCUUUGGAGUCCCUGCAGAUGUUGUUUGAGCAGCAGCUGUCCCCCGGUAGUCAUCGACAUGCUCAGCCAUCUUGUGAAGUCACCCGUGCCAAACUGGUCCAGUUGACAGGCUUACUGGCUUCCAUUGAAGAAAAGGUGAAAAAGGUGCUGAUUGAAGGACCUGAAUCAACACAUCGGCGUUCACUUAUCCCUCCUGUAACCUUUGAGGUGAAAGCAGACUCUCUUGGGAUCUCAUCCAAAAUACAUCUUAAAGUUGAUGUUGAGAUGGGAAAACUCAUCAUCAAGAAAGCUAAGGAUGGUCCUGAAGACAAGUUCUACACCCACAAGAAAAUCCUACAGCUCAUCAAAUCUCAGAAGUUCCCUAACAAGCUGGUGAUUACACUGGAGACAGAAAAAGAGAAAACACAGAAAAAAGAAUAUGUAUUUGCUGAUUCCAAGAAAAGAGAAGGCUUCUGCCAGCUUCUACAGCAAAUGAAGAAUAAGCAUUCUGAACAGCCAGAGCCUGAUAUGAUCACCAUCUUCAUUGGGACCUGGAACAUGGGUGAUGCUCCUCCACCAAAGAAAAUCAGCUCCUGGUUUCUCUCCAAGGGGCAGGGAAAGACCCGUGAUGAAACUGCUGACUAUAUUCCACAUGACAUUUAUGUGAUUGGCACACAGGAGGACUCCUUGGGAGAGAAGGAAUGGCAAGAGAUUCUAAGGCAAUCCUUGCAGGAGAUCACGAGCAUCAGCUUCAAAGUGAUAGCAAUCCACACCCUCUGGAACAUUAGGAUUGUUGUCCUGGCCAAGCCGGAACAUGAGAAUCGCAUAAGCCACCUCUGCAUUGACAAUGUGAAGACGGGAAUUGCAAACAGGCUGGGCAAUAAAGGAGCCGUUGGAGUGUCAUUCAUGUUUAAUGGAACUUCCUUUGGUUUUGUGAACAGCCAUUUGACCUCUGGGAGCGAAAAGAAACACCGGCGCAAUCAGAACUACACAAGUAUUCUGCGCUUUCUGUCAUUGGGAGACAAGAAGCUGAGUCCCUUUAACAUCACUCACCGCUUUACUCAUCUCUUCUGGAUGGGAGACCUGAAUUACCGCCUAGAAUUGGCCCCAAUGGAAGCAGAAAAUAUCAUCCAGAAGAUCAAGCAGCAGCAGUACUCAGAACUGCUGAAUUUUGACCAGCUCCUCUUAGAAAAGAAGGAACAAAAGGUGUUUCUGCAGUUUGAGGAGGAAGAAAUAACAUUUGCCCCAACCUAUCGCUUUGAAAGGAACACUCGGGAGAAUUAUGUCUACACCAAGCAAAAAGCCACAGGGAUGAAAUACAAUUUGCCAUCCUGGUGUGAUCGAGUGCUCUGGAAAUCAUAUCCCUUGGUGCAUGUGGUGUGUCAGUCUUAUGGAUGCACCAGUGACAUCAUGACAAGUGACCAUAGUCCUGUUUUUGCUACAUUUGAGGUUGCUGUCACUUCCCAAUUUGUCUCAAAGAAUGAUGACAAGUACACAGACUCUCAGGGACAGAUUGAAUUCCUGCACUGCAGUGCCAUCCUCAAGACCAAGUCUCAGACAAAAUUCUACAUUGAGUUCUACUCCAGCUGCUUAGAAAGCUUUGUAAAGAGCAAAGAGGGAGAAAAUGAGGAAGGAAAUGAAGGGGAACUGGUGGUAAAGUUUGUUGACGCUCUUCCUAAGCUGACUCCAAUUAUUUCAGACCCAGAGUAUCUACUGGACCAACACAUUUUGAUCAGCAUUAAGUCAUCAGACAGUGAUGAAUCUUAUGGUGAAGGCUGCAUUGCCCUGCAGAGUGGAGCGACAGAAUCCCAGAUCCCUAUCCAUACUGUGCUCACCCACCAUGGGGAAAAGACGGGUAUCUUCCAAGGAGAAUUCAAGCUACAAACAUCCCAAGGCAAACAGAGAGAAAAACUGUAUGACUUUGUGAAGGUUGAACGGGAUGAAACAGCUGGGCAGAAACCAGCGAGGGGCUUGAGCUGUGUAGACUAUGCCAAAGAGCGGGAGCAGAUGAGUAGGUGUGCUUCUUCUAACAGGAUGCCCUCUCACCUGGUGGCCAAAGAAGCAGCAGCAAUUGCUCGCUUUCGAGGAACGACAACCUCUCUGGAUGAACCGUGCAAAGAUGAUCACUUGCGCAGUACAGUAACUGCAGACAUCACCAAUCCAAGCUACUUACGAAUAGCUGCUUCCUCUCAGUCAUUCUCUGCAACAAGCCAGUUUAAGCAGGUUCCUUCGCCAGACCAACCACCUGCCUUCUGGAAUUAUGAGUCACAACCCAAAGAUAAUCCUUCUCUGCCAGGACUAGAGUCUCCCACCACACCUUCCACCCUCUCUCCUGGAUCUCCAAGAGCCAAUACUCAGUCUGCAAUUCUCCGAAAGGAUCAAAUAUACUCUGAGGUGAGGAAAAGUGUGAUAGAACCAGCAGUGCUACAAGAAGAUAUGUACUUGAAACCAGAGAUGAUUGACAACCCACUGUAUGACUUCACAAAAACCAAGGAAAAGCUAACAAAAGAGACAAAAGUCUUGAAGAUGUCACGAAAAGAACUCCCAAUCAUCCCUGAUCAGAACUUCCCUUUGACCAAGUUACAGGAGGUUGACAGCAGCAAAUCUUCUAGCAAGCAACCAUCUCCUCCACCUUUCUUAGUUCCCACGCCCAGAUUUCGUUCUUAUACCUGUUCCAACCAGUCUGAGGCAAAGACUGCAACCAGUGAAAAGACUCAGAGCAAGCAGAAGCUCUGUUCCCACUUAGACCCCAUAAUGCCAACAUCCAAGAAACCUGUCAAAUUCUCAAGGUCUGAAGCAGGACAGAGUAAACCUCCUCUUCCAUCCAAAAGCCAAGUAGUGCUUGACAUGCAAAACAUCAAGGGGCGAGAUUAUCGAGAGAAUUCAGAACUUCCACACCACAGAAAACAUCAGAAUGAAGAUGGGACUGUCAACAGGACAACUGUGCCAUGAAUAAGAACAUCACUGAUGAGAUUGCAGGAACAGUUUCGAAGAGAAUCAGCAUGGAUAUUUCCCAGAGUUUAUGGCCUGGUGCACAAUGCCUUAGAUUUUUAAUGCUGGAAAAAAGUAAACUCUUAUAUAUUUCUUUAAAUAUAAUGCAAAACUAAGUUACACCAAAAUUCUAGAUUUCAGAGACCAAGAAAUGUCAUAAAGGUUAAAUGUUUAGAUACUUUCUUUGCAGCUUUGUAAUUCCUUCAAGACCAAGGAAGUUGUGAAUGUUUGUGUAACAAAAGGUACAUGUGUUGGGAAUGGGAAAUACCAGAGGCUGGGUACAUUCAAAGCAGGCUCUGUAUGCAUAAGCUAUUACAGCAGGUUACUACAUUGCAGCAUGAAUAAGGGUGAUUUUGGCUUAUCUAGAACCCAUCUAGAAAAUAGCCCAGCAUCACUCCAUUUUUUCACUCAGUGACAGAGUGAAGAGCAAAGAAUGCUCAGUUUUUAAACAUGUGCAAUGUUGUACCUUUGCUUUUUAACAGGAAAAGACCAGAAGGGGUAUUUUCUACAGUUAUGGAAGGAGGUCCCUUAGGAGUACUAUCUCUGUGUAGUAACUGCUGCUGGUUUUUUUCCCUUCCAUAUAGUUCUAGAUUCCUCUGAAAACAUGAAUUGAGCUAAAGGAAGCUCUUUCUCAGGUACGGAAAGAUUCCUGCACAUCCAGACCCACAAAACUUUAUUUAUCUGACUUGGCCUCCUAUAUUUUUUAUAAUCAUUUAAGAAAAUACAGAAACUUGUUUACCAUCUUCAGGUACAAAUGUGAAGCAAAAUGACCACAGGUUGUUCAUUUAAAAUUAAAUAACCACGUUACUCAGUUCAGCCUGUUUAAAACGCAAUUCCUUUGUAAAGCAGGAUGUCUUACAGAUUCUUUUAAUAGCACCCUUAUUAGGCUCUUGCUGACUUCAUAUUUGACAUCAGCUAUAAUGUUUAGUUUCUAAUUUUGCAUCUCUCUGUGACCCUUAGAGACAGCUUUGCCACAAACUAAUGCAGUUUAUGAUGUCAUCUUUGCUACUUUUCCAUGUUUGUUGCUAAACUUUUUUUAAAGGAAAUAAUUCCUGAUCAAAAAUAUAAAAACAAACUAUUGUCUCCU